AUGGAGGAAUCACCGCGUAAGCGCCAAAGGCUGGCCAGUCCAUCCGAAGCUGAGCUGUCGCAAAGCUCAAUUACUCCGAACGAGCAGCCUGCGCCCGUGGCAGUCGAAGCUAGCCUCGCCCGGCCAAAGGCUGGCAGCGAUGAGGAACCGAGACUGGAAAGCGACGUGGGCAUCACAGAGUUUAUAAGUCCUGAUGUAUCUGGAUUCAGCGGAAUACUAAAGACAAGAUACACGGACUUCCUUGUAAACGAAAUUCUUCCGUCGGGUCAGGUUUUGCACCUAGAAUCUGUCAAAGUGCCUCAACUCGAACAAGGUCCUAUUGAAAAGGCAGAGAUCGGGCAAACAGCUUCUGAUCCUACAAAUGGAAAUGGUGGGGAAACAACCACUGCCAAUUCUGCGAACGAAGAUAAAUCACAGGACGAGAAAGCGACCGAAGAAUUCAAAGUUACCCCAGAAGACCAUGCAUCGUUGGUCUCAAUCUUCGGCCCAGAAGUCGUUGCUUCUAUAAUUGAGCUGCACGAGAAAAUACUGCAAACCCCAAAUGCCAAACCCAAGUCCUUCGACAAGAUCACGUCAGAAACGAUCACAGAUCGAGAUCUUCGGACGCAGAUGCAUCAAUUAAUGAGGCGUGUUUUCUGCUCCAGAUUGGAGACUUCAACUGGGAGUGACGGCUUAGUGACAAUAAGUGCAUCUCCUCCGCAAGGCAAAGGUAGAACACGAGGGGGCCAGAGCAAAGGGCGGGCUCGGCCUAGGGGAAAGCUAGGUUGGCAAGAGCUUGGAGGAGAAUACCUUCAUUUCACUCUCUAUAAAGAGAACAAAGACACUAUGGAAGUAAUCUCCUAUCUCGCGCGUAUGUUGAAGAACAAGCCAAAGGAUUUUCAGUUUGCUGGAACCAAAGAUCGACGGGCGGUUACUGUACAACGAGUUAGUGUUUACCGUGUUUUCGCGGACCGUCUAGCAAAUCUUAACAAAACACUCCGCGGAGCUGUGAUCGGCGGAUUUGACUAUAGGCAAAGUGGCCUGGAAUUGGGCGAGCUCGACGGCAAUGAGUUCGCCAUCACACUACGAGAUUGUCGUUUCCCUGGUGAGGAGAGUCUCAGCGCUCCCGAGAAGAUUGAGCUUGGAUCAAGGACCGUGUCUGCAGCACUUGCGAAGCUCAGGGAAGACGGGUUCAUCAACUAUUAUGGUUUGCAGAGAUUUGGCACAUUUUCUACCCGGACAGACACGAUAGGUACUUUGAUGCUCAAGGGUGAUCUCAAAGGAGCCAUCGAUGCCCUUUUGGAAUACAGUCCCGAAGCUCUUGCAGCUGCAAAGGAUCCACUUUCUUCUCUGAAUGGCUCAACGCUCAUUUCCUCCGACGAUAAAGCUCGCGCGCAAGCCAUUGAUUCGUUUAGAACGACCGGAGCGAGCAGCCCGGCACUGGAUAUGCUCCCGAGAAAAUUUUCUGCUGAAGGAAGCCUCAUCCGGCAUCUGGGCCAUCCUGAACGCGGCACCGAUUACCAGGGUGCUUUGCAGGCGAUCCCAAGAAAUUUGCGUCUAAUGUACGUACAUGCGUAUCAGUCGUAUAUUUGGAACACGAUCGCCGGUGAGCGAUGGAAGAGAUGGGGCAAGAAAGUAGUCGAGGGCGAUCUGGUACUUGUCCAUGAACACAAAGACAAAGAAAUAAAGGAGGACGUACCGGAAGUCGAUGAGGAUGGCGAGCCCAUUGUUCUUCCUGCCGUAGAAGACAGUGCUGCAGGAAACUACAUACGCGCUCGUGCACUAACAGCGGAAGAAGCCGCGAGUGGCGCGUACACAAUCUUUGACAUCGUUUUGCCGCUUCCAGGCUACGACAUCCUCUACCCGGCCAAUCCAUUGGGCGCUUUCUACAAGGAAUUGAUGGGAAGUGAACAAGGCGGCGGUCUUGAUCCUCACGACAUGCGUCGGAAAUGGAAGGACAUCAGCUUGAGUGGCAGCUACAGAAAGGUUGUCGCGCGUGUUGGCGCUCAAUAUUCUCAUGAAGUCAAGGGCUACGUUCAGGAUGACGAGCAACUCGUACAGACAGAUCUUGAGAUUCUGAAGGGCAAGCCUAGAGGGAGUACACCAGAACGUUCCAGCGAAGCUUCGCUGAAGAUUGCUGCUGUCCUCAAGUUCCAACUCGGCUCUUCUCAGUAUGCCACAAUGGCUCUCCGUGAGUUGAUGAAGGAUGGCGGUCUUAAGGCAUACAAGCCGGACUUUGGCGGCGGUAGGUAA